AUGGGUGGGGUGGGGAUGGGAGUUGGAGAGCAAAAGAAGCAAAAUGUUUCAGAAAUAAAAGCUGAACUGGAUGAAGCUGAAUCUUUGCUCCGGAAAAUGGACCUUGAAGCUCGAAGUUUGCAGCCAAAUGUGAAGGCUGUGCUUAUUGCUAAGUUAAGGGAAUAUAAAUCUGAUCUGAACAAUUUGAAAAGUGAAAUUAAACGAAUUGCGUCAACUAACUUAAACCAGGCUGCACGAGAUGAGUUAUUGGAAUCGGGAAUGGAUGAUGCAUUAACGGUAUCGACCAAUCAAAGAGAGAGAUUAUUAAUGUCGACCGAAAGAUUAAACAAGUCCAAUGAUAGAAUAAGGGAAAGUAGGAGGACCAUGCUGGAGACAGAGGACCUUGGUGUUUCACUUCUUCAAGAUCUGCACCAACAGCGACAAUCUCUGUUACAUGCCGAUAACACGCUUCAUGGAGUGGAUAACAACAUGAGCAGGAGUAAAAAAAUUUUUACUGCCAUGUCAAGAAGGAUGAGCAGGAACAAGUGGAUUAUCGGAGCCGUGAUUGUGGUCCUUCUUGCUGCUAUCAUCUUAAUUUUAUACUUCAAGCUUUCAAAAUAG